GCGAGGACGCCCCUCCGCUCCCGGCGCGCCGGGACUCGCGGACUCGCGCUGGCUCCAGGUUCUCCGCGAUUUUCUCUCGCACACUUUUCCCGGGUCUUGAGCGAUCCUGUGCCCAGAGGGGGCCCGAGCUGCACAAGCCCGCGAUGAAGAAAAGUCCGGGUCUCUCUGACUAUCUUUGGGCCUGGACCCUCCUUCUGAGCACAUUGACUGGAAGAAGCUAUGGACAACCCUCAUUACAAGAUGAACUUAAAGACAAUACUACAGUCUUCACCAGGAUUUUGGACCGACUCCUCGAUGGUUAUGACAAUCGUCUGCGACCAGGAUUGGGAGAGCGUGUAACUGAAGUGAAGACUGACAUCUUCGUCACCAGUUUCGGACCUGUUUCAGACCAUGAUAUGGAAUAUACAAUAGAUGUAUUUUUCCGUCAAAGCUGGAAGGAUGAAAGAUUAAAAUUUAAAGGACCCAUGACAGUUCUCCGGUUAAAUAACCUAAUGGCAAGUAAGAUCUGGACUCCAGAUACCUUUUUUCACAAUGGAAAGAAGUCAGUGGCACACAACAUGACCAUGCCCAACAAACUCCUGAGGAUCACAGAGGAUGGUACCUUGUUGUAUACCAUGAGGCUGACAGUGAGAGCUGAGUGUCCAAUGCAUUUAGAGGACUUCCCUAUGGAUGCCCAUGCCUGCCCACUAAAAUUUGGAAGCUAUGCCUAUACCAGAGCAGAAGUUGUUUAUGAGUGGACCAGAGAGCCAGCACGCUCAGUGGUUGUAGCAGAAGAUGGAUCACGCCUAAAUCAGUAUGACCUUCUUGGGCAAACAGUAGAUUCUGGAAUUGUUCAAUCUAGUACAGGAGAAUAUGUUGUAAUGACCACUCAUUUCCACUUGAAGAGAAAGAUUGGCUAUUUCGUUAUUCAAACAUACCUGCCAUGCAUAAUGACGGUUAUUCUCUCCCAAGUCUCUUUCUGGCUCAACAGAGAGUCUGUACCAGCAAGAACUGUCUUUGGGGUAACAACUGUGCUCACCAUGACAACUUUGAGUAUCAGUGCCAGAAAUUCCCUUCCAAAGGUGGCUUAUGCAACUGCAAUGGAUUGGUUCAUUGCAGUGUGCUAUGCCUUUGUGUUCUCGGCUCUGAUCGAGUUUGCCACAGUAAAUUAUUUCACCAAGAGAGGUUAUGCAUGGGAUGGCAAAAGUGUGGUUCCAGAAAAGCCAAAGAAAGUGAAGGAUCCUCUCAUUAAGAAAAACAACACUUAUGCUCCAACAGCAACCAGCUAUACCCCGAAUUUGGCCAGGGGUGACCCCGGCUUAGCCACGAUUGCUAAAAGUGCAACCAUAGAACCCAAAGAAGUCAAGCCGGAAACAAAACCACCAGAACCCAAGAAAACCUUUAACAGUGUCAGCAAAAUUGACCGACUGUCAAGAAUAGCCUUCCCGCUGCUAUUCGGAAUCUUUAACUUGGUCUACUGGGCUACAUAUUUAAACAGAGAGCCUCAGCUGAAAGCCCCCACCCCACAUCAAUAAGUCCUUCUAUUCACAUUCCGUUGUUCAGUCUUCUGCACUGGGAAUUGCUUUCUGUUCUCAACGCGGUGAUUCCCAUCUGCUUUCUUGCCUCUGUCUUAAAGAAUUUGAAGGUUUCCUUAUUUCCAUAAUUCAUACGAGAACAACAGACCCCUGUCCAGCAGUCCAGAGCAAAGCAGAACAUACAGCUGAGAGACAGGAUUCUGAGAGAGGAAGCGAGAGAGAAAAAUCACGACAGAAGGAGACAGAAUGAAACAGAGAGGAAAGGUGGGGAAGGAGGUCCAAGCUAUGAGGGAAAGUAGAAGGAAAAUAAAACUUAAGUCUGUAACUCCAGGUCAUUUGUAGAUAUUUAUUUCCAAAUAUUC